GAGAGAGAGAGAGAGAGGACAUGGCACAUCGCCUCAGCAUCCCAAACGACACGGAGACCGGAGCCGCUGCAGCUUCGCUCCUCCUGAGCGCGCGUCACACCUCCCGCGCACGCGGCAGCGCGUCCUCCGCGACAAGAGACAUUAAUCAUCGCUCCACAUGAGGUGCCUCUGUGCUUGAUUUGUGGGAGAGAACCUGCUGUAUUUCGUCAAUGAAGACCUUUAAUCCUGAACAUCACACGUGGCUCCAUUCUCCAACUGCCAUGGUGACAUGACGAAUCCCUAAGCUUGCUCCUCUCUUCAAUAUAUAUAGACAGACAAUCUCCUUCAAUGACCCAAAUUGUGCACAGUCUCAGGUCCAAGAUGACCGUGGCCGUGCGCUUCCGUCGACACUUACGGAGGCUCUUGCUCCUGCUGGCCUCCUGCUGUGUGCUGUCUCUCCUACUCUCUGCCUACUUUCUCUUUACAAACUCCUCCCCUUCCAUGCCACUUGGGCAAUCCCCUGCCUGUUCCCAGCCACUGUCCUUGUCCCCGUACCGUUCACUCCCAUACCCCUAUCCACCUAACCCCCCGCACACGCACGUCCACACCGAUCCAGUGGUGCUGGUCCUGGUGGAGUCCCUGUACUCUCAGCUGGGCCAGGACAUUGUGGCUAUCUUGGAGUCAGCACACUUCCAGUUCCGCAUGGAGAUUGCCUCAGGGAAGGGUGACUUGCCGCCAUUGACAGAGAAGGGCCGCGGACGAUAUUCACUCAUCGUUUUUGAGAAUCUAUUAAAAUAUGCCCAUGCAGACACGUGGAACAGGCAGCUGUUGCACCAGUACUGUACUGAGUACCGAGUGGGCAUCAUAGGCUUUUACCGCUCCACUGAGAACUCACCACCUCUCGUCAAAGUUCGAGGUUUCCCAUUGGUGCUUCGGACCAACCAGGCACUUUGGGACUGCUGUGUUGUUUCCAGCUCUCCCCUCCUCCAUCUGACCAAGCCUGGCACAGAUCUAGGGGCCUUACCUGGAGAAGACUGGACCGCCUUCUCUUCCAACCACUCCACUUACCAGGCUGUGCUGCAUGCACGGGCCAGAGAAGGAGCUCCUGGGGCUGGUAGUGGAGACAGUCCAGGCCCUGGCUUCAGUUUUGGCCUCCAUGCCACAGUGAUACAAGACAUGGGACUAUAUGACGGGGUGAGGAGAGUACUAUUUGGACAGGGACUGGGCUACUGGCUCCACAGACUCAUUCUGGUGGACGCCAUCUCCUACCUCACAGACCGGAAGCUUUCCUUGGGCCUGGACCGGCACGUACUGGUGGAUAUAGAUGACAUUUUUGUGGGGAAGGAAGGGACACGCAUGAAUGCCAAGGAUGUGAAGGCUCUCCUAGAUACUCAGAACCAGCUGCGUACUCAGAUCUCCAACUUUACCUUCAACUUAGGGUUUUCUGGGAAAUUCUACCACACAGGCACAGUGGAGGAGGACAAAGGGGAUGAUCUCCUGCUGAAGUAUGUGGAUGAGUUCUGGUGGUUCCCACACAUGUGGAGCCACAUGCAGCCUCAUCUCUUCCAUAACGAGUCUUCUCUCCUGGAGCAGAUGGUCCUCAACAAGGAGUUUGCUGUGAAGCACAACAUCCCCGUGGACAUGGGCUACGCCGUGGCCCCUCACCACUCAGGGGUCUACCCAGUUCACAUACAGCUGUAUGAGGCCUGGAGACGUGUGUGGAGUAUCCGGGUCACCAGCACUGAAGAAUACCCUCACCUGAAACCUGCCCGCUACCGCAAGGGUUUCAUCCACAACAACAUCAUGGUGCUGCCUCGCCAGACAUGCGGCUUGUUUACGCACACCAUCUACUAUAAGGAAUACCCCGGUGGACCUAAAGAACUGGACAAAAGCAUUCGUGGAGGAGAGCUGUUUCUUACUGUCCUACUUAACCCUAUCAGUAUAUUCAUGACUCACCUUUCUAACUAUGGCAAUGAUCGACUGGGUUUGUACACAUUCGUCCACUUGGCUUCUUUCCUGCGCUCGUGGACAAAUCUGAAACUGCAUACGCUGCCACCUGUCCAGCUUGCGCACAAGUACUUCCAGCUUUUUCCUGAACAGAGGAACCCACUGUGGCAGAAUCCCUGUGAUGACAAACGACAUAAAGACAUCUGGUCUAAAGAGAAAACCUGUGACAGAUUACCCAAGUUCAUGGUCAUAGGACCACAGAAAACAGGGACCACAGCACUUUAUCUCUUUCUGCUCAUGCAUCCCUCCAUCUCAAGCAACUUCCCCAGUCCAAAGACAUACGAAGAAGUCCAGUUCUUCAACACCAACAACUAUCAUAAAGGAAUAGACUGGUACAUGGAGUUCUUCCCGGUGCCCUCUAAUGUUAGCACAGACUUCUUGUUUGAGAAAAGCGCUAACUACUUCCCCUCUGAAGAGUCCCCGCGGCGAGCUACUGCCCUGCUGCCUAAGGCGAAGAUCAUCACCCUGCUAAUCAACCCCUCUGACAGGGCCUACAGCUGGUACCAGCAUCAAAGAGCUCAUGAGGACCGUGUGGCCCUACGGUUCACCUUCUAUGAUGUCAUCAGUGCCCACCCAGGAGCUCCAGCUGAGCUACGCUCACUUCAGAACCACUGUCUCAACCCUGGUCUGUACUCCACACACCUGGAGAGGUGGCUGACCUACUACCCUCCAAACCAGGUGAUGAUUAUCGAUGGUCAUCAGCUGAGAACUGAUCCUGCUGCAGUGAUGGAUGAAGUCCAGAAGUUUUUGGGAGUAACUCCUCAUUUAAACUACUCCCAGACACUUACGUUUGACCCCCAGAAAGGUUUUUGGUGUCAACUCCUUGAGGGAGGAAAAACUAAGUGUUUGGGGAAAAGCAAAGGAAGGAAAUACCCUCCGAUGCAGCCCGAGGCACGUGCGUAUCUCUCCAGGUACUACAGAGAACAGAAUGUGGAGCUGUCAAAGCUACUCCAUCGCCUUGGCCAACCACUUCCCUCCUGGCUACGAGAGGAGCUGCAGAAGGUUAGAUAACCUUUACAUCCACGAGCCUGGGAUAAAGCUCACAUGUCAAAGAUCAGGAGGGGACCGGUCAGAUGGCUGCGGCCUUUCAGUGAAGCUGUGGUGAGGGACGCUGUGUUUUCAGCUGGAGGAGCCAUGAACCUCGCUGACAGGCGCACACGGCACCAUGAGAACAGAAAUUUUGCAUGAUGAAACUCAACUGCUUGAAAACAGACUGGAUGGAAGGACGGACAGAAAGAGAUUUGGAUGGUGCUGCUGAAAGUAGACUGAACAGGACAAACCACGUGAUGGAGCUGAGGGAGCUUUUAAAGUUCUUUGAUGGCUUGAAUGGGUUCAGAUGUUUGUUGAACUGUUGAUCUGCAGUGAAUUUGAUGGUUAUCACUUUGUUGUUGUUACCUAUAAUUUAUGAUGCCAGAGCAGCGCUGGUCAGCUGUGUGCGGCUUCCAUAUGAAGUUGUGUUCUGUGAAUGAGACAAUAACACACACAUUGUGUUCUCUUUGCUCACAAUGACACAAAGCAGAUGAAAGGUUCACAUUUUAAAGGCAGUGUAUCGACUCAGGGUGAGUGAGAGCUUGUUUUCUGUCAUACGUUCUCAUUGUGAUUAUGUUUGUUGUUGUUUGUUUUUUUAACAGUAAAGCAGGUUGGUAGUCUUAAGACAUCCAUUCAGGUUUGAGAAGGACAGACUGAAGCAAGGCCUGGUGAUGUUUUCUCUCUUGUGAUGAGCUCGUGCACAGCAUCAACACUCAAUAUAAUCAGUGGACUGACAAUAUGCGACUUUAUGGAAAUAAAACUGACCAAAUUGAGCUGAAUGGACUUGGUACUUACGUAGCUAUGGUAACUGCAGCCAGUUUUUCUUUUGUCAGUGUCUCAGUUAAACCUUGGCCUCAUUGCAUCCCUUUUUUAAAACCAGUGGCCAAUGUUUAGCUUCAGUUUGAAUGCAAAAAAAAAAAGUCCCCAUCACAAACAGAGAAACCAAAAUUAAAUAAAUUGAUAUGACUGGCA